AUGCGCGUGAGUAGAGUCGCACGGGCCGGUCUUCGCCAUGCCACCUGCGCGGUGGUCGGCCACGCUCUUGCAUCCGGCGCCACAGCCGCCGUUGCUACGUCUACCACCCCGCUCCGGACUCAGGCCCGCUAUGCGAGCAGCAAAAACCCGUACGCGGUGCUCGGCAUCAAGCAGGGUGCUAACAAGGCAGAAAUCAAGAAGGCGUACCGUGUCCUGGCCCGCAAGCACCACCCUGAUGCCCCGGGCGGCAGCGACGAAAGGUUCCGUGAAGUGCAGGAGGCGUAUGAACAGAUAAAGAGCGGCGUGUGGGUCCGAAAAGACCAGGAGGGCAGCGGCAGCGACGGCAGUGGCGGUAACGCGAACCGCUACAGCGGCUUCCGCUACACGACCCGCACGCAUCACAAGAGCAAAGUCAGCUACGACCAGUUUUACGAGGAGAUGCACACGGGCCGGGUGAAGAAGGACCCGUUUGCGGACGACGACGAGCCAGAGGAUCCGGCGGCGAAGGACCCGCGCCGCAACCCUUUUGCAAUGAAUGAGUUCGCUUUCCAGGCGUGGCUGCGGUUUAUCAUUAUGUGGUGUGUCGUCUUCUGUAGUCUUCGCCUUGUGCUGUUUCUAAUGUUCCCACCCAAGUGGGAGAAGCCGCAGCGCAAGCCACCACCGCGCGAGCUGCGUGGCCGAAAGCCACCACCGCCGAAGCCACUACGACUCUCCGAGGAUGCGAUUGUCGCGUAG